AGAAUAACUAAUUCAUAGUCAUUUUACUGAAUGGAUCAUUCUGAGACACAACGGGAUAUCUGUAUGUAGUGGUCAUUGACGUAUGGCAUUCACUUUUAUAUUAUUUUUUUUGUUUUUUUUCUUCUUCAUCUCUUCUUCUAAUGGUCAAACUCAUUUAAGUGAAUGUCUUGAAUACUAAGUACUUCAAAAUAGAUAACAUUCAUUUUAUGUCUCGUCUUUCAAUCACAUAUUCAAUGUAAUGAUGAUCAUCAAUUUCUUCUCUGUGUUUUUUUUUUUUUUUAUUUUAUUUUAUUUCUUGUUCAUCAUUAUUUCUAUUUGAAUAGAGUUGAGUUGUAAUUUAAACAAACGAACAAAUGCUAUUAUUAUUUUUAUGUUUUUCCGCUUCAUCAUUCAUUUGGAGCACGACUUAUCUCAUUUUCUCUCUUGUUUAGUUUUCUUUUUUCUUCUUUUUUUUUUUUUAAAUAAAAAUAAAACUUAUUAUAACAAUAAUUUGUACAAAUACGUGAUGAAGAUGGUUCGAUCUGAAGACUAUUUUCUCUUAUUAUACUGCCCCUUAGAUACGUUCUUUCUUGUUUCUAAGAAGAAGAAGAAAAAAGGAAAACAGAAGAAAAUAUUACAUCUCAGAUAUGUAGAUGGAUAAUAUUGUGUAGAGUUAUGAUAACAUAUUACAACUUUUUUUUUUUUUUUUGAUCUAUUUGACUUUGAUCAAUCAUGUUUGAAUAAUGAGAAGAAAAUAAACAGAAUGCGUGUGCGUGUUUAAUUUUAACCAUCAAUCAAUUUGUAAUGGUCGUCGUGGUCAAUUUUAGAAAAAUAAAAAUUCAUUUUUUUUCUUCCUCUUUUUCUUCAUCCCAUCUCUGUUUUUUUAUUUUUUAGAAUUUAUUUAUUCUUAUUUCUAAAUUUAACAAAAAAAUGUUUUACUUUAUCAUUGUGAAUAAUAAGAAAAACGACGUAGACUAAUAGAAAGAAGUAAGUAAAUUUCAUUUUUUAGAGUUUUAAUUAAACAUUUUAUCAUAUAAUAUUGAAUUAACUAUUAAAUUUCAAUAUUAAUUUAAUGUUUUGUUUUUUCUGUUGUUGCUUUUUUAUUAUCUUUAUAUUUUUCAUCAGGUCUUAUUUACAAGUGAAUUCAUUGUCACUGUUAUUGUGAAUGGAAUGGAAUUAAAUUUAUUUUAUAUAUGUUUUAAUAUGAUAUUAAUACAAUUGGGAAAAUGUUAUAGACAAAGUUUUCAAUGUUUACAAUGCGAUAAUCAAAUAGAUGGUCCAAGUUGUGGUGAAUUUUCAAAAAUUAUCCCAUUACAAGAAUGUCAAACAUUUUGUUAUUUUGCUAUUAUACGUAAUUAUACAAUAUAUCGUAGAAAACGUUUACAUACUACACGUGCAAUACGUGAUUGUUCAAAUUAUAGUGAUAUUGAAAUAGAAUCAGAAAAAAUAUUAGAAAUAAAAAUACCAAAUAUUCGACAUCAUCGUUCAUUAAAUAUUAUGACAGUAAAACGUUGUAUAGGUGAACAAUGUAAUAAUGAAUUUUAUUUAAAAGAAUCAAAUGGAGGAUCAUUAACAACAAAAAUAACUAGUCGUCAUUGUUAUUAUUUAAUUAUUAUUUCAUUUGUUAUUAUUCUAUUCUAUUUAAAUAGAUAA